UACAAUUAGCAAAGAUAGUGUGAAGGAAAAGAAACCAAGCGUAGAGUGAAAGAAAGACGAAAAUGGCAGACGAAGUGGCGCUAGAUUUGGUGGAGCUCCGCCACCUUAAGAGCAUUGCUACACGACCCCAUAUCAUCAACUUCAUUUCCUCUGCGAUUCGCACUUUGGAAAAGAUGCCACAAGGGGAUGCUACUGCAGUUUCCACCCCUGCUCUGCUACAUGACAAGCCUGUGCCAUUCAGCUGGGACCAAGAUAAUGAUAACGUCAAGUUAUCAAAUGAGGCUGCUACUUUGCCUAUUCCAAUUUUAGCUACAACUUGCACCCCUGCUCGGCAUUAUGAGAUGCUUGGGUCAUUCGGCUGGGAACAAAAUAAUAUUGAUGUCAAGAUAUAUAUAUAUCUGAAGGGAGUUGAUCCGGAGAACAUAGAGGCUGGCUUCUCGCCUUCGUCCUUUCACAUCAAACUCCAUGAUGUUGAAGGAAAGAAUUACAAAUUUGCUAUACCUGAACUGUACAAGGAGAUUGUCCCAGGGAGGUGUAGGGUGAUAACCAAGCCUGAAAAGGUUGUCAUCACUUUGGUUAAGGCUUCAAGGGAUUACUGGUUGGAUUUGAAGUUCAAGGAGGAAAGGCCGAUGCCAAUGCCAAAUUGGGAUGAAGAACCAGAUCCUUUGGCAGGAUUCAUGGGCAUAAUGAAGAAUAUGUACGAAGAAGGGGAUCCAGAGAUGAAAAGAACAGUUGCCAAAGCAUGGACUGAAGCGAAAUUCGGGAGAAACCCCUGAUUCCUCAUCGUAGAGGUGUUCAAUCAAUCUGGGGCUAUAGAACAUUAUUUUUUUGAGUAGUUCUUUUGCUUCUGGCAGGCUUUAUGGUAGUUAGUCCUUUUGUUGCUGGACGGUUCUUUGUAAUGUCAUGGAAGUCUAUUGAACAUAGCUUUUUCUAAAGUCUUAGAUGGUAGGCUGGAACGCUUUCCGUUUCGCGUAGUAGCCUCUAAUCGAUGAUCAUUUGAUGUGGAUUUGGUAUUGGAACUAUCAUAUUUGUAGUUGAACUGAUAUUAUAUAACAUGUCACAAACAGGAAAGGUUUCCAUAACGAGUAGCAUGAAAUGUUAUUCAA